AUGGAGCAGGACUCUGAAGAGGACUUUAACUUGGACUCGGAAAGCCUGGGAGAAGUGGACAAAGAGUUUGAUGAUAUUUUGGAGCUUAAUCAGUUUGAUGGAUUGCCUUAUUCCUCAAGAUUUUACAAGCUACUGGAGGAGAGGAAAGAGUUGCCAGCGUGGGAAGCCAAAAACGCAUUUAUGGAUGUUUUGGCCAAAGAACAGUUUGUAUGGCUCAGUGGAUGCGCCAGGACUGGGAGAAGUUCUCAAAUUCCACAGUGGUGCGCCGAGUUCUGUCUGUCGCAGCAGUACGCACAUGGCAUGGUGGUGUGCGCGCAGACCCACGCACAGCAAGCCGUGGAUUUGGCGUUACGCGUGGCCGACGAGAUGGACGUCAACAUCGGGCAUGAAGUCGGGUACAGGAUUCCUUUAGAGACGUGCUUUGCCAACGACACAGUUUUAAGGUACUGCACAGAUGACGUCCUGCUGCGGGAGAUGAUGUCAGACCCUCUGCUGGAGCACUAUGGCGUGGUGGUGGUGGACCAGGCGCACCAGAGGACCGUGGCCACAGACGUCCUGCUGUCUCUGCUCAGAGAGAUCAGUGCACAGAGGCCAGAGCUCAGGGUGGUGCUGCUGACCGCCACAGAGCCAGAGCCCACACAGCUCACCCGCCUCACCCCCACCGCAGUCACCCACAUCCAGCUGCAGGACCAGGGCGUGGGAGAGGUGGUCCACAGCGCUGCUCCUGGAGGGUACUUCUGCUCCGCUCUCAGGCUGGUGCUGGAGAUCCACGGCUCUGAGGAGGAGGGGGACGUGCUGCUCUUUCUGGUCACGACUCAGGAGAUCCGAUUGGCCUGUGAGAUCCUGAGUCAUGAGGCCGACAGUUUGCCCUCUGCUCUGGGAGAGCUGCUGCCCAUCACAGUGUACCCUGGGGCCCCUGGGAGCCUCCAGGACCCCCCUCACAGGGGCCGCAGGAGGAGAGUUUUCCUCACUUCCAGCCCCAACGAGGACUUCUUCUGGGCCGUCCACUCCAUCACCUUCGUCAUCGACACAGGACUGGAGAGGAGAUUUGUGUACAAUCCCAGAAUAAGAACAAACUCAGUUCUCAUCCAGCCAAUCAGUGCAGGCCAAGCCACGAGCAGACGGCAGCUGGCAGGACCCACAGGUAAGUGCUUCUGUCUGUACCCAGAGGAGAGGCAGCUUCCGGCGCAGACUCGGCCUCUCAUCACGGAGGCAAACAUCACGUCUACAGUGUUGUUCCUGAAAAGGAUGGAGAUAGCGGGACUGGGGCACUGUGACUUCAUCGACCGACCUGAUCCCAGCAGUCUGAUGCAGGCGCUGGAGGAGCUGGACUACCUGGCUGCUCUGGAUAACCAUGGCAACCUGUCGGAGGUGGGCAUCAUCAUGUCAGAGCUGCCCCUGGAGCCGCAGCUCGCCAAGAGUCUUCUGGCCUCCUGCGAGUACGACUGUGUGAGCGAGAUGGUCAUCAUCGCUGCCAUGCUCACAGCCCCAUCUUGUUUUGUGGUUCCCACUAAAGACCUGAAGCCUGAGGCGGCCCAGUGCCACAGGAAGCACCAGCACCCAGAGGGAGACCACUUCACCCUCAUCAACAUCUACAAGGCCUUCAGGCAGAUGCAGCAGGACCCCUACUGCAGCGUGGAGCGAUGGUGUCAGGACAGCUUCCUGGACCACGGCGCUUUGGUGACGGCGGAGGUUCUGUGUUCGCAGCUCAUGGACACGCUGAAGAGGAUCGAGCUGCCCGUGUCUCUGCCGGCGUUCGGCUCCAGAAACAACACGGUCAACAUCAAGAGAGCUCUGCUGGCUGGGUUCUUCAUGCAGGUGGCCCGGGACGUGGACGCUUGUGGGAACUACCUGAUCCUCACUCACAAACACGUGGCUCAGAUCCACCCGUCCUCCUGCUACGGCCCCAAGAGCCCCAGACUGGGCCUCCCUGAGUGGGUGCUCUUCCACGAGCACUCCUUCUCUGAGGAUAACUGUCUCCGCACUGUCACGCAGAUCAAACCUCACGAAUUUAUUGAGAUGGUGCCUCAGUAUUUCUUCUACAACCUGCCGUCGAGUGAGAGCAAAGACUUCCUUCAGCAGCUUCUGGACAGAGACCUGUGUGCUAAAGAGGCUGCAGUGACACAGAGCAGCCACCAGGAGGAGCACACAAGCGACCGCUGUGUUGUCCAGUGA